CGGGAAACUCCGCCCCGCUCGCCGCAGCCGCCGCGGUAGGUGACCCCGCGCCGCCAUGGGCUUCACGGUAGAGUCGCUGCGGGAGGCCAUGCGCUACAUGGUGGAGUCGCAGGGCUUCGACCGGGUGCUCUGCAAGAUGAAACUUCUUUCUGCAACUCCUGGGAAAAUUGUUUGUGAAUUGAAAGUAGAGGAGGAGCAUACAAACAGAGGUGGCACAUUACACGGAGGUUUGACGGCCACCCUUGUGGAUGUGGUGUCAACAACAGCUUUGCUGUACACAGAAAGAGCAGUGCCUGGGGUCAGUGUGGACAUGAACAUCACAUACACUGCUGCUGCUAAGAUUGGAGAAGAGGUACUGAUUACAGCCCAGAUUUUGAAGCAAGGAAAAAAUAUUGCAUUUGCGAGCGUGGAUUUAACGAACAAGGCAACUGGAAAGUUAAUAGCACAAGGCAGACAUACAAAGUAUGUUGGAAAUUAAUAUAAGAAAGUAAUUUAAAAAUAAUAAUGUUGGGCUUGAGAAUCCCAUAUGGAAUGAUUUUCUCAUUUAUGCAGUAAGAUGGAUCAUUUGCACAAAAUUUUGAUAGGCUAAUGAACAAAUGUCUGUAUUACCAUCAAAAUUGCUACAAGUCUAAAAUUAGCAUCUACUUUGGAAGGAAUAACAGAGAGUGAUAGCAUGAAGACACAUCUAUUUUUUGUUCAGGAUGACAGAAAGGUAGAGCCUGCGGACCAGCAAACAGCUUACCAGCAUGACAGCGUUAGCUUGGUUUUCUUUUGCCUUUAGUAUACGUGGUGUGACUAAGCAUCCCUCUCUUCAGGUUUGUCACAAUCAGAAACACUGUAUUUGCAUAUAAAGUACUUGCUCUUUAAGAUGGUAGUAAAGAGUUUUUACAAACACUGUUUGAAACAGUAUUUUGAAAGUGGAAAGUAAGCUAAAUACAAAGGGUAAUUUACUGAUGCUGUUACAGAUUCAUAAGUAUUCAGUAAAAUUUUCUGAAACUCUCUUUUUAAAGACUAGUUAAUAAAUAAAAGCAUGUCAGCAUGGAUUCGUUGAAAAAGGGUGUGGUGGAACCCUUGUACGCAAAUUUGCCUGGUAAUUUCAUCAUCAUCACCCUAUGAUUUCUGUAUGUGAAAAUAUAGUCACAUCAGGGUUUUUCAGCUCUACCUAAAAUUCUGGUUAUAUUUCUUUUAAAAUCAUCAGGUGAAACUCAAGAGCUGAGUCUAAGUAUAUACAGUGAGCCUUAGAUCAAGCUUUAGCUGUAAAUUGCCUGUCUUCUGUUGAAUUUGGUAGUGCUAGGCUGCUAUUCAUCAGUUGAAGACUUGUCUCCUCAUGCACUGUUGUGGGCAGGUUUAAUUACUUUCUUUAAGCUGAUGACAAAUGAUCCUUGGCAAGGCUAUCACAUUGUAAGCAAAACACCAAUGAUACAUACACAGUAUAAGGUUCUUUGACCUUUAUUUUUCUUCUCUAGAAAGAGCUCUGAAGAAGUUUAAUAUACACUAGUAGAGUGCAUGCAGAAUUCUUUUUGUCAUGCAAGCUGACUCAUUGUCUUUAAAAGAUUUGAGUUUUGUGAUCAGAUAUGUAUGUAGGGUUUUUUUUAUUUUUGCUAUGUACACUCCCAAAACAAAGAAAUCAUUUGCUGUGAAGUUUGUUGUGUAACAGUGACCUGUCCUGCAAACUGACUAUCAACAUAAAGUUGAACACAUUUAAUAAUGUAUCAGAAAUCUUUCCAAGGUGACUUUAAAACAAGCAGCACUGGCUGCUGUAACUUAACCUUCAGUAGUAGUUUUCCAAUAAGACUGCAGUGGGCUCAGGUUAUCAGCAUUUAUUUUUGCUGCAAGUCUAGUUCACAUUGCAUCCAGUCCUGAUAAGCGCUUUUUCUAUGAGGCUGUCUUAGAAGUGUACAUGGCUUACAUCCCUGUGGCUAAUUGAACUUGUAAGGUUGGCAUCCUCUCUUCAGCAGUAUACUCAUUAUGAGUUUCCUCCUCAGUAUUUGCACUCAUGCUCAGAGUCAUCUCUGAAUCCCAUUUAUAGAAACAUGAUGCUUUGCUAAAGCAUAUGCAAGACGACACUUACCUCAGGUCUGGAUUUAUCUUUUUAUCUUUCCUCACCAGAACUAUAUGCUUCACUGGAUCAAGUUGUUUCUCCCCUUACAGCUUCCUCUCCCCAGAGAUCAAUUGUAGCCUUGAGCAUCUCCAGCUCCUCUGAAAUUAUGAGCAAGAGGAGCAGACUGAGAUUGAGAGGAUCCAUCAAUGUGUGGACAUGCCCUUUGGUUUAGCAACUGCAGUUCUGGUUGUCUUCUCAUUAACAUAUUCUGGUACCACCAAUUGUCCUUCACUCUUCUGCUCCUGAUUCUCACCUCUUUUCCCUCCCUUUUUCUCAUUCUUAAAUUUUCCUGUUUUCUUCCAUAGGUUACCCAUGUAGUAGAGUGCAAGAGGUGAAAGAAAUAGAAGUGAGGAAUAACACAUCUCUCCCUCCCCACUAGUAUAAUCCCACCCAUCACUGGAACACAAGAGGGAUUUUGACUACUAUCUGAAAUAAAAGCCAGACAGUGAUAGUGAACGAGGUACUGAAUUCAAGUGCUGAAAGAUUCAGAGACCUCUCCGUUAGCUCUGUGUGCUGGGACAACUCCAUUGUUGUGUAACUGUCCCAGUGCAACUUAACAUGACUUCCUCAAUCAAAGCUGGCCGCCUCAGGACACCACCAUAGUAAGUCGUCUCAUUGUAUCACUUAGCAUUCAUCAUGUGUACAUAAUUACAAUUGAAAAGUGUCCAGGCAAAUUAAGAAUGGCAAAUCUCAACACGUAAACAACAGUAUCCUCCUGUUCUUGUUCAAGUUUGGAAAGGACUGCUGCAAGCUGAGAGGUAAAGAGGAAAACCUUCCUGAAAUAACAGGCAAGUUCUUCUGCCUCAUAAUAGGCUAUUCAACACAGUAUUUUAGUGCUGCCUAAUUAAUAAAAGUGGGACAUCAUUAAUAUGCAGGCCAGUUAUUUUAGAAGCGGUUCAUUAAAAUGAUUAUUUUAAGACA